CCACUUUAAAACUGACUGAUCUCUCUGCCACUGCAGCUCAGCUCGCUAGCAGACACCACCUCAAACCCAGAACAGACGAAACCUCACUGUCACUGGCUUAAUUAGCCAGCCAGUAAGCACCGUAUAUUAUACUCCUAUCUAUACAAGUACCUCGUGAACCUCCUGACCUCGAUCGAUGCAUUUCCGUCGGCACCAACAAGCUCGACCCUUGCUCCCCUGCUAGGCCGGCCCUGGCCAUGGCGGCAGUUACGGCGCCGGUGCUGACGCUCCGGGACUUGCUGGAGCUGGCGUGCGAGUCCAGCCGCAGCGACGGCUUCCGCUCCUACCCGCGCCACCUUCCCUCCUCCUCUCCUUCUUCUUCCUCCGCCGAUGAUGUCGCGCGCGACCUCCUCGCCGAGCCCGGCCCCGACCGGCAACUGCGCCGGAGCCCCUCGCGCUUGUCGCUGGCUUCCAUCUUCUUCUUCUCCUCCCCAACCAGGAGCGGGAGCCCCGGCUCGCUCUCGCGGCUCUCCUUCAGGAGCCUCUCGAGGAGACUCCGGGAGGGAUUCUUCUGGAGACGGCGCGAGGAAUUCGACGAGGACGACGAAAGGGACUCUCUCGGGCUCCCGUCUCCGCUCGUCAGCAGCUGCUGCUCCGACUCUGAGUCGGAGCCGCCCGAUGACCUGCGGCUCCAGCCGGAGUCGGAGAAGAAGAAGCUGUCCGAACAGGCACCGGCGACGUCGCCGUCGUCCUCGGGCAGCACGGGUCGCCGCGCCGACGCCGACGCCGACGCCACCGGAGACGGAGGCCACAAGGCGACUGUCGGUGGGGAUGAUACAGUGGAGAUGGAGGAGAAGCAGCAGCUGAGCCCCGUGUCCGUCAUGGAUUUCCCCUUCCACGACGACGGAGACGAAGCGAGCGACGCCGGGACGUGCUCGCCUAGUAAUUCCUUCCAGCAACUCCAACGGUCGUCGGAGAAGGGGACGCUGCGGCACAAGAUCCGACGGCUGGAAGGCCUGGCGGAGGCGGAGGCGGCGAUCGCCCCCGUGGACCUCGAGCCACGCUUCGUGGCAUCUGACUCGGGCAAAUCGCUGCACGACACGCGAACCCAGGGCGACUCCAGCAGCAGCACAACGACAACGAUGGCACUGCCGGAUGAGCACCGAAGCGCCUGUGAGGAUCAGGAGGAGAGCAAGUUUCCCGACGAGCCGUUCCGCCUCCUCGGGCGGCUCCUAGACGACGAGGAAGGCACGGCGGGCGAUUCGGUUGUGGCUACUGUCGACGAAAGACUUCUCCUCGACUUCUUUGCCGAGGGAAUCGACCGCCGGCUCCGCUGUUGGGCGGGUCCAGCGGUCGGCACGGUCAAAAGAUCGUCGUUGAAUGAUCAUGACGAGGCGGCGUUGGUCUGUGUGGCGAGGGAGUGGGUGCGAGACGAAGGGUUACGGUGGGGGAUCGAUGACGUGUUUUUUACGGGCGAGGCGGCGUUGGUGGACAUGGAACGAGAAAGACGGUGGAUGCGGGUCGUUGAGGAGAAACAAGACGUCGGUGCGACGGUGGCGGGGAACAUGGUGGACGCGCUGCUGGCCGAGUUGGUCAAUGACUUGGCGCACGGCGGGACUAGUUUCGGAAGCGUGCAUGGGUCUUGUGGAUGUUAACUUGAGUGUUGACGUGGACAAUGCGAUGUGUGGUUGGGAUUGCGUGCCUUGCGGCAUGGUCAAUGACUUAAACUAUCAGCGAGACCAAGGGGCUGGGCUCAACCUGAGCCUCCAGAAAUGGGCCUCCGGAAUAGUUGCAGCACCUGAAUUUAAGUUUUCUCCCUUAAAAAGUGGAAGUAGAUCCUACUCCAUCCAUAACUUCCAAUUUAGCAUCCCUAAAUAUUUUUGC